GCUGGCGCCCGCCCGUCACCCGUUCACCCGUUAUGUCAGUUUGGCUUGCGCAGGCAGGUGGCGUUGUCGUGACGAUCGUCCGCGCAAGCGCGCUCAGCUGAGGUGGCUGAAUGGACAUUGACAGAUCAGUUAAAUAAUUAUAAUUUAUUUUAUAAUACUAAAAAAAUAAACCUAAUCAAUUAAACAAACUUGGGCUUUUAUUAAAAAAAGUGUUACAAAGAUUUGGCAUUGUCGAGUUUGUAUUGUGAACAAUCAAAGAAGAAGAGUUUUUAUAAAAAAUCGAUGAUAUUAAAACGACAGAUCGUAUUUUCGUUGAUAUUUGUGUGUUAAACGACUUUAGUUUUGCAACAAGUGUGAGCCCCGCUAGUCGUGCUGAGAACGGGUUUCGGGACCGUUGGGUUUUUUGUUUAUGUAUAUUUGUUUGUGGUAUAUAUAUUUUGCGAGUGAGUGUGGAGUGUCCGUUAGUGAUGCUGCAAUCGGGUGCAAGUGGUGACCGCUGAGCCGUCAUCUCGCCAGCGUUGCUCGAAGCCAGUGUUAGCAGCGGAGUCUCGAGUGACGGCUGUUCGAAUGAUGAGCGGCGCAGGCGUCGGCCCCUGCACUCCGCGCCCGCCCCGGCUGCCCCGCCCGAGACAUGGCCGCCCUAUCCUGCUACCAGCCUUGCAGGUCGCACCUUGCGCAACCCGCUAGGUGUUUAGACGACGACGAAGACUGUCACCAAUCAGUGAAUUUCUCGCUUCGGCGGCAGCAGUUUAUCGAGAGAUGCCACGAGGCUCGGGGCCUUCGCCCCCGUGACCAGAUUCCCGAGGUGUCGGUCAAGAGGACCAGGGAAGAGCUCGCGAAGCAUGCGUCACAAGCCACGCCGCUAAACCGCCGGCUUAACGUGGAAGCCGGCUGGUCCAAGGUCGAGGAAGUGCGUAAGAAGUUCGAAGGAGCUGCCAAUUGCCCGUCGUUUUCGAGGUCCUUUGAGUCGCCGCCUAGGCGUCGUCUCGCAGACUCCCUAUUCGCAAGCUUCAAGCUCCCUCGCAAGACAAGGGACGGCAUGGCGGCCCCGCGCUCCCUCGCGCCGCCUCAGCAGCAGAAACGCAAGUCUGCUGUCGAACUGCUAGCCGAGACUAAAGCCUUCUAUGUCAAGUCGGAGACCGUGCUGGAUAGGAAGCAAGAACUGCCUUUGAGGAUGAGCAGUGGCUUGGGGCAGGCGAUAGCGGCCGGUGGCUGUCACCUCGUCAGCUCCGGCACUUUGAAUGAUGCAUGCUGCAAUCCUUACGGCACAACCCGCAGCAUGGGCGGCGGGCGGCGCGCAGUCAGCGCGGGCGAGGGCCUGCAGCACACGCUGCGGCGCCUGCUCGAGCAUGCCGACAGCAGGGAGAACGUCUACUCGCCGCCUUUCGCUGUUUGUACACUUUCAGCGCACAAAGUAUACGCUGACACAAGACGGCUAAAGGACUCAUACCCCGAACGGGAGACCAUGCCUCGUUCCCAGCACAACUCAGGCACCUUCUCCGGGACCUUCUCAGGGACCUCCUCCUCUGGGACCUCAGGGUCCAAGGCCCAGAAGUCGGACCCUGACCAUAGGGACAAGAUGAACAGGCCUCUAAGCUUUGGAGACGCGAGGGUCUUCUUCCCGGAGUCCUUUGUGAUACCUCGGCAGAGACCCAGUGAGGUGGUGAUUAAGAGUGGAUAUUCUAUGCCGAGUUCCCACUCGAGCCCGGAGAACAUGGAGCUACCGGAGCCGGUGGGGAGCGGGUCGGGGUCCCCGGCGGACCCCGUGGCCGCCAUCUCCCCGCCCGCGCAGUACGCACACUCCGCACCACGGUACAUCAGGUCGAACUCUCACUCGCAGCCGAGCAUGCGCGAGGACGACAGCGGCUGCCCGAACAUCAACAGCCACAAGUCGCUGCCCGACCUGCACACGCAGACACGCUGCUAUCCUGAACAUGCCAACACAGGCCACACCGACACCCUAGGACGGUCCCCGCGGCGACGCCGUCACUCCACGCACCAGCGCACGGCGUCGUGCUCGUCCAAGGGCACGCGCUCCAACCACUCCUCGCUCAUGUCCUGCGACGCCUUCUCCGAGCACCCCUCGCCGGGGGACGACAACUAUCAGUCUUAUAACAGUCGUUGCGGCUCAUCGUUCGCCCGCGACUCGGGCGGGUCGAGCGGGCACUACACGCAGCGCAGCGCGCCCGCGCACUCGCAGCAGCAGCAUCGACGCACCGACUCCGGCUCCUCCACGCAACAUGAACACGCCAGCCGCUACAACUCGUACGUGUCAGAGUACGGCGCAUCCCUGGAGUGCUACGUGUCGGCGCCGCCGCAGUUCCAGGACGGCGCCCCCUCGCCCCCCGCGCCGCCCCCGCCGCCGCCCCACCGCCAUCACCACCACUACGCACAUGCGCCCAGAGUGGGGAUACACUUCCAGGCCAGUGCUCCGCCCCCGCAGUUCCAGGACGAGCCCCCGGGGUACGACUACGGCGACUACGAGUGCACCUACAAGGCGCCGCUCAAGUGCCUCAGCGUCGGACGCAAGGACGUUCCCCGGGAUUACCCCAGGUACCACGAGCCGAGCACGGAGCUGGUGAGCAAGCAGCCGCACUACCAGGAGCUGCGCGUGAGGAGUCGCCCUGACGACAACCAGGACUAUGUCAAUGCUACGCAGAUAUGUCCACCGGAGGAGGUGACGUCCCCACUCGGCACGUUCAAGCGACAGCGGUGUCUGCGCUACAAGCAGAGACGUCCCAGACCUAUACUCCGGUCCAAGUCCGAUAUCUCUGACAGGUACAGACGCACAGACGGGCGCAGCCCCGCCUCCGCCCCCUGCGAGGGUGAGGAGUCUCCCGACAGCCCCUCGGAGGAGGCCUCGCGUCUACAGGACUUCUUCGAGCGCCUCGGCCUCGAGCCCCGGCAGUACGACGCACUAGUCCGGGAUGCAGUCCCAGACAGUCCCGUGUUCUUCUCGUCGGCCUCCACUGUGGAUUCCAACCAGUUGGCUGCUACUGCUGAUUAUACGGUGCAAGGCCCGGGCGGCGUUCAGAAACAAAUCUACCGCAACACAGAGCCACCUAGCGUCGUGGAACGGAACGCCCGCAUCAUCAAAUGGCUUUGCCAAUGUCGGAAGACGCAAAUGCAAACACCACAGUGAACACACACACUUACGGUGGAUUCCUAUAAGCUAUCUAUCCAUUAGUUUGGCGAUUAGAGAUUGAAUUUUGACAUUAUUUCAUUAUGUCAAUGUCAAAUGAUCGAUAGAUAGGUUUUAGUAGUUAGAUAGGUACAACACUAGUACUCAAUUAGUUUGAUCCGAAAACAUUCUAAAGAUGCUAAUAUUUAUUAUAGGACCCAAUCGAAUUAAAGUCAGAAUUUUCUGAAGAAUAUACGCUCAAUGACUGACUUGAAAUAUCGAUUAAGUAACUAAAAUCGUAUACCUAAGCUUAAAAAUGCUUCUUAAUGAUUCUAUUAAUAUACAAGUUGUGAAAUAGGGGAUGCUACUAAAAUUAAUUACUAUCUCUAAUUUUUACGGUAAGCUACUCGAUUAAAAACAACCCUUCGCAGUCGGAUAAAAUGUCAUUCGAUUAAUCGAAAUAAAAUCGACUAAAUAAAAUGAAAAAUCGACUAUGGUAUGUUACUAAUAAAUUGUAAUAAACCCAUGAGAGAACCAAAUGUUGCUCAUACGUCAAUAUAGAUGACGCUUAAAUCUAAUAUCUAAGAAUAGAUUUAGGAGAUUAAAAGAUAGAUUUCGAUAAUUACAUAAAUUCAUUGGUAAAUUCUUUGCAAAGAUAAUAAAUUAAAUUUAUUGAGAUCUGGUCCAGAUAACACAGGUUUGUAUGAAAAGGAUAACAUAUGACUUAAGUGUCAAAUCUACGCUUUACUUCCAUUAAAAAAAACAGUAUUAAUGUGAAAGUCUGAAAUAAAAUAAUCAUGAAUCCAACCCACACUUGAUACAAUCAAUCAAAAAACGAUGCGAAAUGGUCGAUUUCUACAUUAAAUUGACUAUAACUGGCUAGCCCAAUAUUAAUACUUUACUAUGUAUGUAAGUAUAUGGGAACAAGGCCACGAAAGGCUGUGCGUAUCUGGACGAGUGACGAGCGAGCGAUAGCUCUCGACUGCUGGAAUAUUUGGUAACUAAGCGAUACUAGUUCAUUAGUCAGUACGGUUCUUAGUAUAACGUUGGCAUAAUAAAUUUUAAUAAGAAACUGAAUAAUAAGCAUGGCAAGGCAAGGCAAAAUGAUACUAACUUUAAGGAAUUAUUUCCCUAAAAGUACAGAACUACAAUUAUAUACUUUGAUGCACACUAUUUUGUUUCAGAACCAAAUUUUCGUCUUGCCCGAUUUUAGUGAUGUAGGUACUUCAAUAUUGCUUAGUCGAUUCUUAAAUCGAUUGGGACGGGAUCAGCAAAAAUCUACUAAAAUCACUCACGAAUAGCCAUGCCUUAUUAUUUGGUCUCAACUAAGAAUACGUACGUAAAUAAAUAAUUUAAUAUAUUUUUUGUCAUCAAGACGUAAAAUGGAAGAUGUUAAAAAUGUAAAUAACGAAAGGUAUUUUUGUCUCGACAACUAUGUACAAGUCGCGAGCUUAGCCGUGAGGCGGGGAGAACGUUAUUUUCGAAACGAAAAACAUUUAAAGAUAGUUCGACUAUCAUACGGUUUUUACCUACUGUUUAUUUAAAUUACUCUCAAAUUCUAUCGUGUUUAUUUAUAUUCAGUGUUAUAAAUCAAAUUGUUUGUAUUCCUGUUUAUUCAUCGAUUGUCUGCCUGACGAACGAAGCCAUCUCUAGGCCUCGAGUUUCAAUCUUCUUAUUUAAUUAAAUAUGUACCUAGUUAUUUAAAUUAUGUUACGUACUCUUUUAUGUAUUGAGCUUUCAUAUUUUUAUUACAAUGUUAAAGUUUAAAAACAUACCAAAAUUGAAAUAAAAGGUUUAUAAUCAAGCCAAGAAAAUCAAAUAAGUAGCAAAAACUGAACUUAUGCUCGUUUAUACAAAUAUUUCUUCAGUUUAAAGUAUUUCUUCAUCAAGAUCUACAAAUUAUAGGUAUGCUCUAAGACUCAGUAGAAACCAAAUGAUAAGAAAUAUUGUAAAAAAUCAUGUUCCUGUUAUGGAUUUGUCAUAAAUAUUUUGAAGUCUGUAUUUAAGUAUAUUAUUUAUUAAUGUUAUCCUAGCUAUUUAAGAUAACCUACCGCGAUAUGGGAGCACAAAAUGGAUCAAACUGAUGCUGUAUCUUAGUUCUGAAAACUUUCAGUAACUGUACAUUUAACUAUUUCGACUCAAAUACAGUGUUCGUGGACUUAGUUGUUGUAAGAGUUGAGUGAACUUGACUCCUUGGUGUUUCAAAUUAGUCAUGUAUUUAUAUCUACCCUGUGUUGUUUUAUACGAUGAUAUAAAACUUUACCAUUUAUUAAAUACUUGUAUAUUCCCGAUGAAAAAAAUAGAUAUUUAAUAUGUGGCAUAGUUAUAUUUCAUCUUAAAACAUCACUAGGCCUAAUAAGUGUAACUUGCAUUAUUCCACAGUGUCAUUUAUCCUCAUCCAAUAUAGCUAAGGCCUUUAUAUUUCUAUUUUGAAGACAGCUGGGUAUAUAAUAUCUUUACAUUGUCUGCCUUACGGCCUACGUAAACCUGAAUAAAAUUGUAGCUAGCUGUCAAACAAAAUAGAAUAUUACUAAAGACAAUAUAACAAGAACGAAAUAUGUUUUAUGUCUUAUAGCAUAAUAUUUAAUUAUAGUUCAGAUAACGCAACAAUUAACGUAUUUAAUCGUUCAUGAUAAUAUGUAAAUAACCAUUAGACUGGUCUAAUCUCAAUAGGUUAGUGUUAGAAUAAGAAUUCAUGGUUUUCUUUCAUACAAAAACAGGUAAAAAAUACUACAUUACGUUUUAUUGUAGAAUUUCUGCCUACAAGACUGUCGCUUCGUAUUUCGGUUUGUAUGUUCUGUGAUAUGAUAGAAAAAUCUAGAUUUUAUGUAGACUUUGUUGAUAUACUGUCACUGCCUUCUUCCUAACAUUCUUGUAAUCUUAGAAUCUAAUUUGUUACUCUGGUAUGAAUAAAAAUGCAAAAGUCAAGACUUUCUCAAAAAGAAACUUGCAUGCCUUAUUUGAUCAUUUGUUCUUCAAGACAAUGUUCCGUAAUCGGUCUAAAUAGAGGCUUGACUUAUUGUAAUGUGUUUUACUGAACAUAGAUUCCAAAAAUUGUCUUCUACUUUCCGUUGCGCAUUUAUUUUUAGUCCCGACUAUGAUUAGUCGAUUGUGACUUGAUGAGAAUCGUUUAGUCGAUUCCCAAUCGUUAUGAUUCAAUAGUUACUAAGUUUUCGCUGUCUACUGUGAUGUAUCAUGAAUUAUUAUCAUUAUUAUUUGCCGUUUACCUUCGUUACUGGACUAAUUAAUAUGAAAUGGAAUAAAUAAGGUUGCACCAUUAACUUAACUAGGUAUAACGAUACCCAAACCAUAGCCAAUUGUCAACUUGCCGCCCAUUGGUCGAAUCGGGGUUUUGACAGUUGAAAAUGGUUCUGUUAUCGUUAUAUUUAAAUGGUGCAAUUCACCGUAAGAAUUUCAGUGUUUUACAUCAGGAUUAAGGAAUUUUACCUUCAAUUUAAUUAUUCUGUAUAGUUAUAAAAUGUAUUGACAAUGGUUAGCAUUACAGUAUUAGCAAGUUCAGCAUUCGAUGCUUCCAUUAAUUGUGUAAAUAAGAUUUACGUAAAUUGUUAGAAGUUUAUCGUGAAGAAAGAAUUAUAUUGUGGUCUGAUAAUA